AUGGCGAGAGCAGAGGUAAGAGUGGCAGUGAGAAUGAAAGUGACUUUACAUGGAUAUCACGACGGUGGAGAGGAGGACAAGGUCGAGGACGAGGACGAGGACGAGGACGAGGAGGAGGGCUGGUGGAAGGAGGGUUCAGAAACGUCGCCAGAGGCGGGAAAGAACGUUUCCAUUGACGCUUCCAAGGUGGAGGGCAGUGGGAGGCAGGUACCUACUCAAGCACUGAUGGCGGCUGCGAUAGCGGGAAUGUCAAGUCCCGUUAUGUGGAGGUGGUAG